UCGCCUCAAAUUGUUACCCACGCCACUCGUCUUUUUUGACCUCCUUUAAACGCCUGUUGCAUAAAAUACUAUAAACAAAGGCCCACUAAGGUGGUCCUGGCCCGGUAUAAAAACCUUCGUGUUUCACACUUUUUUUCUCUGUGAUUGUUAUGUAAAAAAAUAACACUUGAUUCCUUCAGUCAAGUCUGUCAUGAGUCUCAUGACAUGACACAGGAGAAAUUGAGGUUAUUGUUUAUAUUUAAAUUUAACCAUUUAGUAACAAAUUCAUGGCCCAAUUCACAUAAUAAAACCGAUGUAAAAUUUAACAUCAGCAAUGUCUCUGACGAAGCUCCUUAAGGCGCCUACCAAACUGUUUAGGAAGGAAAAUAUAUCGUUUCUUAUAAUUCGUCGAUACGAUAUCGGUCUUCCCAACGACAAUCUUCGCUACCUGUCGGUAAAGCCCUCAGCCUCCAUAUCGGUUCUACGGCAGAAAAUAUGGCACUUGCUAGACCUGCCGGAUUUCUGCGAAGAGGUCAUCGUUCUCAAGUCGAACGAUGUGGAGUUGCCUUUGACGGAGCUACGGAAAGGGAACGACCCGCAGAAACCGUUUAUACUGGAGGUGUGGCCGGCGAAAAGCGUGCAAACAUUCAAACACAACAUGUUGACGAUGGGAAGCGACGUUCGUUCCUCCGUCGCGCCGUCCAUCACAGAUUGUGACAACAAAUCACAAGCAGAGUCUCAGCAGGAUUUUAAAGACGUUGACUCAAUCCACACCCUGCCAGCACCGAUGAAAGAAGUAAACAAAUUACAACAAAAGUGUUUUAUGAACACCUUACCUCCAGAAUACAAAAGCUCCGAACUCUCCUGCAAAAUGUCCUCAACGUCGUUAUUUUUUAAAUUGCCCAGUCGUAAGAAUCGAGAGAAUUUAGGGAUGAUCUUACUCAAGAUUCAAGACGACCUGAUGGCUCUAAGUGACAAAUUAACGACCUUAGAGGAUAAAAUUAAAACUUAGUUCUUGUGUUGUUAAAUAAACAAGUUACU